AUGAAUCUUGCGACGGUCGAUCAAAGUGCGGAACUAAGCAGUCCUGACAUGUGUGGAUUCCUUGCCAAUGUUAACGUGUUAUUGAGAUCCAGGCUAAUAAACACGAAACUCUCCUCCUCUGAUUCAUGUGGUUUCAUCAUUGUGACCUCGUUGGGAGCUGCACUGACGACGGCGGGCUGGGCGUUUUGGCGCGCGCUCGUCGGUCCUUCGGCCGAGGAAGAGGAAGAAGCCCGUGUUGUUGCUAUUGAAAAACAAGAGAGGGAAUUUCACGAGUUUGUACGUCAGCAAAUAAUUUGUUUAAUAAUCUUUAUAUCACUGUAUUUGCUGUCCUAUUGGAUCAUUUCAUUGUUCAAAUCGAAAUCUGACAAUGAUUCGUUGUAUUCCGGUGAUGAGGAUUACUUUGUAUAUAGAAUUAGUGUGUGGAUGUGUGCAGCAUCACUUGCAAUCUCAAUAGGUUCUAUCGCCCUGCUGCCGUUCUCGGUGGUUAGCUCAGAACUCCUGCAGCGGUAUCCAGACAACUAUUAUUUACAAUGGAUGUCGUGGUCGUUGAUAAAUAGCUUGUGGAACUACGUUUUUGCACUCUCAAAUCUCAGCCUUUUCGUCUUGUUACCAUUCAGCUAUUUCUUCAUCGAAUCGCAAGGCUUCAGUAAGAACAAGAAUGGCAUCAUGCAGCGAGUUUACGAGACAUUAGCUGUUUGUGCAUUGCUCAUUGUUGUGUUAUUAUGUCUAGCGGAUGUAGUUCUGACAAUGGUUUCAUCUUCCGUUUCUUUGAUAAGCAUAACCUCCGUAAAUUUGCCACUUAUUUACUCAUUUGUAUCGUUCGCUGGAGUAAUGUUGCUGCUAUUGUCAACACCAAUUGGUUUCGCAAAAAUGUUUGGAGUUGUAGGAGAAAUGACAAUGAAUUCCAUAUCGGUCCCGGACCAGGAUGAUAUCGUUGUGGAUCGACUGGAAAGGUAUUGUCAAGAGCGCGCCAAAACAGCCAGCAAUUGCGUUACAAACAACAACAUCAAUAACAGCACUUUUGAUGGAUUAUCACCGUUUUACUCGCCUGUCUCUCACGGUUACUCGCCAUUGCGAUAUAGGCCAGCAGAGUUGACGUCAAAUGGAUUUCUGGGUGCUGGUGAUCGCGGGGAUCCGUACUACUCGUUCUUCUCAGUUUACGGAUGCUCGCCUAUGUCGAAUGCCUCAGUUUCUACUGUAGAAGGAAAUGGAGACUGCGGUUUGGAUUUCCAUCUGAAAGGUACGGACACCAAUGAGUGGGCGAAACGACGGGAGAGUAUUGGUUGGAAUAAUGGAUUCGCCUUGAAAUCGUCGUCAUCUGGAGUUGUUUCACGUCAGUUCUGGACCUCGCUGCGUCAAAAGUCAUUGAAAUGGUGCCAGCAGUUCACUCGCAUUGUUAAAUAUCCUGCAAUCGUAAUCACUCUGUUGGCACUCACUGGGAUUUCCCUGUUGAUGGUAGUGAUCAAUUCACUAAAACUUAUGUUCGGAUUCCGAAGUCUACCAGUAUACGCACAAUACAUGGAAGUGCAUACAAGACAUUCACUCGGCAUCCUAGGAGUGGUUAUUGAGAGCGUCACGAUAAUGUAUGUGAUGGCAACUUCACUCACUGGUCUCUAUUCGGUGCCAUUCAUACGUGCACUGCGUCCACAUCGAGCGCGCACCUCGUUAACAGUGAUAAUAAUCAACUGUAGCCUGGUGUUAGUACUUAGUUCAGCGUUGCCUGUUCUUGCGAACACUCUCGGUAUCACGUCCUUUGACUUGCUUGGAGCAUACUCAUCAUUGAAAUGGUUAAGCAACUUCAAACUUGUUCUGGCCUACAAUGUGCUGUUUGCGGCUGCAACGAUAUGCUGUGUGUUCUCACAGAUCACCAGUCCAGUGAGGAAGCAAAUAGUGAAAAAGUUUCAACAGUUGCGAUGCCGUCGAGCAGUUGAUGAUGAAAUGCCUGAGAAGAUCGAAUAG